AUGGGCAAACGUGGAGGAAGCAUAUCACGAAGCCUUCAGUCUGAAAUGGAAACUGCUGCUAGUCUCACUUUGCAAGGUCUUCGCGAUAGGUUUGGUGUGCUGCUAGGUAUCGAGAGCCAAGUAGGCAAAAGCCAGAGUUACGACUCAACGAAAGUGGUUAGCGACAUGCUCGUUUUCAACGUUGACAGCUGGCCAAUGCGCCCUGGUGACCUGCUCGAUUUUAGUAGUGAGGAAAUCAGGCGCUUGACACGAAGGUUUCAGCCCAUUUUAGAAAGAGCAGGAUGCAAGAUCUCUUCUAUUCAAGAUCAGUGGAUCUCCCUAAAAAUCAUGGUCAAUGGCAGUUCCGCAAGCUUAAUUAUGGUAGCCUUUGGGAGACGCUACUGACCAGAGUGCCCUACAAGGACGGUUUCAAAGAUGUUCUACAUCUAGUGGAGCUAGUUCUGGUUCUCCCUAUUUCUGCCGCACAAUGCGAGCGUGCUGUUUCGGCUCAGAAUCGAAUUAAAAGCAGCACCAGGGCAACCUUGAGUGUAUCUGUUUUGGAAGAUUUGAUUCGCCUGUCCUCAGAGGGUCCCCCUGUUGCUGAAUUUGAUCCGAGUCCAGCAGUCAACCAGUGGUUUGAACGAGACAGAUCUAAGGGAGAAAGGGCACGACGACCUCAUUUCUUGAAUCAAAGCAGUGGCUGUGUAUAA